AUGUCAUUUGAUCUAAAGAAAUUUGUGCAGGAGCCGAUCUCUAAGGAAGCUAAGAAAAUGACAGACCUCUAGAACUAUCUCAAGUUUGAGGAGCGAAAAUUUGAAGUUAUAUCACAGAGUCAUGAAAAAAUUUUACUUGAGUAACAGAAGAAAUAAGCUUUAAUCGACAAGUUGAUUAAUAGUAAGAAUAGCAAGAAAGACAAAAAUGCUAAUUCAGGAACGUAGUUAAAGCAAUAGUAAAAUCUUGGAAGUUCUGAUGAUGUAAAUGGUAAUAAAAUAAACAGCAAUUAAUCCCAUAAAAAUGCUAAUUUAAAACCACCAGAUAGCCAAGCUUAACUAAAUACGAGUUCUAGAGAGUUACAUAAUGGAAAGAACUCAAGCAAAAGACAGAUGAAUCAAUCUUAAAUUUACUCUCCUUCAUCGAAUCUUUUAUCACCUCAAAAUAAAGAAGAAGAUGAUCCCUAUAGGGAUGAGCUUCUAGAAUUACUUGGAAAGACUAAAAAUGAACGAGGAUUUGAUUAUCACAAGUUCAGAGUGCUGUACAAGACAAAAUACAUAAAAAUAGAGAUUCAAAGAGAAAUGCAAAUUAACAAGGAAAAAGAAGAUAAAAAGAGAAAAGAUCAGUAGAGAUUAGAUAAACUCAAAUAGAAGGAGGAUAAAGCUAAAAAAUAGAAGGUCUCGAUACUUGUUCGGAAAAAUUCAGAUGAUGAUGAAGAAGAGGAUGAAGAACAAAAUACUGAAGUAAAUACCAAAGCUCCAUAGCUACCAACACCAAAAGAGGAAUAGGCGACUCCUAAGCCAAUUAUAAUUCCUAAAAAGGAAAGCAGUAUAAAUUCACCUUAAGUAUAGUCUUAGCCAAUAUCGCAUAGACUCUUCUCGGAGCAAAAAGCUGUGAAGAAAAGCUACAUGUUUUAAUCAACAAGCAGAGAUUACAUUUGGAAAUUACAAAAUUAAGGUAAAUGCUCUCCACCAUUGGGAAAGUACUUUCCUAAGUAUGAUUUACUGUAUGAAUCUUAAAAAAUAUGCAAAAUUAGGCCAACAAAAGAUGCUGAUAUAUUUAAUAUGCCUUCGAAUGACAAUAAUAGGGAGCCUGAUUUCAACUGUACUAAACUUACUAAGCAAAUUAAGGAAAUUGAGGAUUAAUUAUAGAAUUAAAUCAAGGCAUCUUAACAAAAUCGACGAUCAGUCAGACAAAGCCAAGAUUAAUAAAACAAUUAGAAUAACAAUAAUUCACAAGAUAAUAAUCAGCUUGCUAGUUUUGAUCAUUCUCAAAACAAUAACUCUGUAAAUCUACCAUAAACUCCUCCUGAAAAUAACAACUAUCAAACUUAACUUAUACAAUCUUUUGACCUUUCAAAUCCUGUAAUGAAAAAACAAUAAAAACUUGAAUAACUAUGGGGAUAUAAAGUAAGAUAACUUUCACCAAUCAAAGACCAUCACCUGAUGAAAGACUCUAAAUAACAAUAUCAAGGUAGUCAGAUGAGUAUUAUGACUUGCUAGAGAGAUAUUCCAGAUUUUUCAAAAUAGUCUAAAAGGGAGAACUAUGUACAUAAAACAAGUUUGAAACCACAUGAUUAAAGGUUUGAAAUGAUUGAUAAAUUCCCAAAUAUCCUUUCUAAAAAUACUAAGCUUGCUGCUGGAAUCGAUCUAAAGAGACAAGCUAAAAGAAGAGACUUCAUCUUAGCUAGUGGAAUAGGAAAAGAUAAAUUAGUAAAUCAGACCCCUAUAGAUGUUAACUAUAACCAGGUUCACAAGAGAGUUACAGGUCUCUAAUUUGGAAAGUCAACUAAAUUCAGAUCAUUUUCAUAAAUGCAAAGCAAUGACUCAUAGCCUGAUGAAGAAGAGAUGAUAUAGCCUUUUUAGCAUGAGGACUUCAAGCCAAAAAUUAAAUUCAAGAGACAUGUCAAUCAUGGACAAGCUACUCACUUUUUCAUCUUAGAUGAUUGA